UAAAUCAUUACUUUCAUAUUUUUGACUUGACUUUAUAACUCAUACCGUUUUCAACAAGAUUUCUCUCGAUCAUGUUGUUUUUAAAAGACAAGCGCUCUGCACUAGACUUGGCCGAGUACACGGUCAUCAUACCGAGCAUUUGCGUCGGAAAUGCGGCGCAGCUGGCCUGUGACCUGUUGAUCGCCUCCAAAGAACUCCGACGAAUCGGAUCCCUAACACAUCCGGCUUUAAUUCCGGUUUACGGACCUUCCGCAUACCAGCAUGAACCCAAGGAAAAGGUCGCUUCCUGCGAGCUGUACGAGGGCUCCGACGACAAGUUGAUGGUGGUUCAGUUCCGAGCGCCGUGGGUUGCCCGUCACACCGGCGAUUUCCAGCGGGAACUUGUGGAGCUUUUUAAAAAUGCCCGCCGUAUUGUUAUCCUUAGCGGCAGCUUUGGCUUCGAGAAACGUGUGAUUGAAGAGUCGCCAUGGGCUUACCGCGCCAGCGACAACUUCAAGGAGGCUCACGCCGCCCAACUGAGCAACCAGGAACUGAUCAAGUGGAAGGAGCACAAGGGCGAAGCUAUCUAUGGCGGUGGCAAUGCCCUGCAGCUUUUCAAGACCUUCGAUGAUCAAAAGGUGCCCGUUAUGCUGUUAUUCCGUUAUCUCCUCGAAGGCGACAACUCCACAGAUGCUUCUCUGAUCGUCCGGGAACUUAACGAACUUUGCGAGGAUUUCCUUCAGCUGCGCAAUGGUGGCGAUGGCAGUUUUAAACUUACAGUGCCCAAAUCCUGGAACCUACUUUUCGGCAACGAUGUUACGGAAUUAUUGUUUUAAGCAGCUUUUUAUUUUUCGGUGGUUUCAAAUACAUGUUAAUCUUUUGGUGUAGAGUAAAAGAGA